AUGACAGACGCUCUCUGCGGGCCCUCCAACCCGCUUCAGAGCUUGCAAAAACACACCCAGGUAGACCGGACGCUGCAGCAGGACCGUCUGGUCGGUAAUAGACAGUCGCCUGGCCAGGGCUUUCGCACCCGCGACCCUCGAGCCGGGUCUCUCGACGCCGACUUCCAUGCCUUUGAGACGUCCACGCCGCAGCCGUUCCAGUUCCAGCAGCCCGAUUUAUUCCACCCGCAAAGCCAUGGCCCUCCUGCUCCGGCACCAGGCUGGGCAGCCGAUUUUCAACAGCUAUCCAUAUCCCAGCAACAACCGGUGCCGGCGGGACAAUUUCGCACUGAAGCACCGCUCAUCAAGUCAACAACGCUCGGCGCAUGGCAGAACGAGUUUAUGCGCCAACGGUCAGGAGCGGGUACGCCGGUUGCGCAAGGGAAGCAGGCAGUGCGGGAUGGUCCAGUGUUGAGCAAUGCUGGCAUGUUCCAGCAGUCGAUGAUGGACCAUUCGCAGCCCAUGUACCAAUCAUACUCUGGGGGUUUCCAACAACAGCAACAAAUACAGCAGUCGACAAUGAUGAGUAUGGAACAAAGGGUACACAUCUCCGACGUGGAUUUCGAAGCCGCCUUCGCCGACGCCUUCGCCCACGCUCAAGAGAUGGACCAAGAACGCGCAACAAGACUUUCUUCAGAUCCUGAUGCCAUGAUCUCUAACGCGGACGUGCAACGACUGGACCAAGGAGAAACCGCACGAAUAGGGAGUGAUGCUAUUGCUUACCGCGAGAAAACGGAACGCACAGCAGAACAAGACACCCGUGACGCGGAUGAACUGGCCCGCACUGCAGGCCAGCUUCUCACAAGUGUGUCACACGAUAACAGCGAGAAAUUCCAAAACAGCCAGUUUCUGCAGCUGAUGCGGAAAAUAAGGGAUCGAGAGGUCGAGGUCCAGGGCGAUGAACUACAAGAAACCGGCAGAUCGACGUCCAUGUCGACGCCGUCGCGGGUGCAAGAACCUCGACAGGCACCCGUCGAAGCGACGACCACGAAUAGCCAGACCUCGCAUUUUGAAUUCCCAGACAUGGACGCCGUCUACGCCCCGACGAACACCAGCGACGCGUGGUCAGAAGAUGCGGAAGAACAUAUAAACGCGCAGCACCGCUACGCCGGGUCGUGGGACUAUCCUCCCGCCAGUGCGCCCCAGUGGAAAGCUUCUCCGGACGCAGUGACUGCACACGACCCUCAAGUGCUGCUUCAACGGGCACCGUAUACGACGUACGGGUUCGACGACGACCAGUAUCCGCAACAUCCACAGAACCAAUUCGAAGCCCUCCACCCCGGUGGGAAGCUUUACCCAGACCAAUCUCCCCGCCUGGAACGCGCCGCCAUGGACACUGCUGAGAUGAGCGGUGCCGUUUACCCAGCUGUUGUUGAAGGCGGAAGCGAAAGCGGAAGUGUUGAGGGCGCGACGCUGGAGAAACGCAUCUCAGCGAGCGAUUUCGACUACUUGGAUUCAACGUGGUUCAACUUCCAUAGAUAA